UCUGAAAACACGUUUUUAUCUGAAUUAUUCUUGGGUUGAGACAGUUGACUGGGGUUUAGCUCACUCCAAAACUGGAGACAAAAUGCAUGACACCAAUUAUGAGGAGAAAGAGGGUGUACCAACUGAAUUGCUGCAAUCUCCAGAUCCAUCAGAGAACUGAGGUUACAUGUAAAACCAGUGCCCCCAGGCUGAAGAGAGACACAGAUGGAUGCAGAAAACAGUAACUUACAGAAGCCCAGAACAGAAAACAGAACAGAAGCCCAGGAACAGAAAACUCCACAGAAGCCAAUGGUGUUUUACACAAUAUAUCAGUUACCCAAUAUAUCGGUUCCCUUUUACCCAAUAUAUCUUGUCUGGAUUUGUGUUCUGACAUCAAUUUUCUGACAGCAGCUGAGUGUCCUAUGAUUCAAUUCCAUUUUCACACUAACUACCCACACUUCUGCCUGGCUGGCUAUACAUUUGAGGCUUUCUGCAAUUCCCUCAGCCUUGGUAAUUCACUGGAACAACUCACUGAACUCACUGAAGGCACUGCGUGUAUGAUUUUAUUGAAGGAUACAACUCAGGAACAGCUAAAUGGAAGAGGAGGCAAUGCUGAGGUGGGAGUGAGAGCACAGAACUCAAAUCGCCCCCUGGUGGAACUCCAAUGAAUUAUCUCUGCAUGUCAAUACAUUCACCAACCUGAAACCUCUAUGGAGCUUUGGAGUCUUGUGUCCAGAGUUUUCAGUCCAGGUCAUCUGCCUUCAAAAAAGCAUUCAGUCAUGGUUAUCUUCAUAGCAUGUCUGGUAAUCACAGUGUUUGGAAGUAUUACUCUUUUGUCAGUAACUAGAGCUGAAUUCCAUCAAAAGCCAUUGGAAUGUUUUGAAGCUGCAUGCCCAGACAACUGGAUUGGUUUCCAAAGAAAGUGCUUCUAUUUUUCUGAUGAUACCAAGAAUUGGACAUUCAGCAAGAGAUUUUGUGACUCGCAAGAUGCUGAUCUUGUUCAGGUUGAAACCCUUCAGGAACUGGAUUUCCUAUUGAGGUACAAAGGCCCCUCUGACCACUGGAUUGGGCUGAGCAGAGAACAAGACCAACCCUGGAAAUGGAUAAAUGGCACUGAAUGGAGCAGAUGUUUUCCUAUUAAAGGAGGAGGUGAGUGUGCCUAUUUGAAUGACAAAGGUGCCAGUAGUGCCAGGCGUUACACGGAGAGGAAGUGGAUUUGUUCCAGACCAGACAGAUAUACCCAGAUAAGGAGGCAAAGCUCCAGCUGAUCUUCAGAUGUACUUUAAAAAAUACUGUUUGGAGAUCAAAUAUAUGAUGAUGGAAGGAGAACUGACUCUGGGUGAUGAACACACAAUGGGACUUUUCGCUGAUUUAAUACAGAAUUGUAUUGAAGAUCAGAGGCUUUCAUAUACAUGACUGUACUUUUUAAACUUUUAAAUGUUAUAUAAAUGCAAGCUAAAUUACAUAGAUUUAAAUUACAUAGAUUUAAAUUACAUAGAUUUCAGGUACAUAGAUUUAAUACAAUUCUGUAUUAAAUCUAUGUACCUGAAAUCUAUGUAAUUUUACUAACAGUUGCCACCCCAAUAAAUUAAAUUUAAAAAAAAGAAAAAAAAAUACUGUUUGGUCUCAGAGACCUUUGUUACCACGCAGCAGCCUACCUGUCUUCUCCUCGUAUCUUCCCCUAAAGAAAGGAGAGUCUGUGAGAGAGAUCCUUUCAGGGACUUUGCUUCACCUUUGUGCUUACACCUUAUGUCUCCCUGUUUGGCCCCAAAGGAUGGCUGGUUAGCCAAUGACGGGUAAGCUUCCCCACAGGGGGAGCAACCUAAGCCAGGCACAGUCACGUAGCGACCAUCUGGAGAACUCGCAGGGUCAACAGAGGUGGGCACAAACCCCCAUCUUCUGGCUAAGGAGAGCUUCUGCCUCUAAGGAGAGCUUCUGCCUCUGUGGCUGCAUUCCUUUCCACAACCUACAGGAGAAGUGACUCAAUGAUGUGGUAACAUCAGUUCUCCAUCUAUUCAUUUGCAUAAAGGUUUUGUCCCUUGGGGAGGUACAUACAUCCUGAGAUUUAUGGUUCUACUGUCUGCAGGCAAGGCUGAUUGGUUUAAAUCAGUUUCCUAUUAUAAUGUAUGAAAGAUCUUGAGAUUAACAAGCUUUACUUAUUCAUUUGUUAAUCAAUAAAAGCUAUGCGUUGGCCCAAUUCAGGGCUCAGUCCUUUGAGGCUGGA